CACAAAAUGUCAAAAAUAUAGAAAUAGAUGACGUUUUUUAAUUUUAACAAAAAUAAAAAUACAAAACAAAUUCUCCAAACUCACCAAAUAAAUUCUUUUAAAAAAUGGAUUUGGAUAAUGAAAGAGUUUUAAAAUUAAUAUUUCCCAAUGGAGUUCCAGAGAAUCUUCAAGAAAACCCCGAACUAGUCAUCUAUCUAAACAAACUUGGAACCUACAAAGUUGACCAACUCAAAAAAGAACAAUCCCGUUUACAAGAUGAAAAUAAAAAUGUUGUAGAACAAACACAAGACUUGGCUAUAUCCAAUUACAAAACUUUCAUUCACACAUCCGAAUGUUCGAGGUCGAUUUUUAGUGAAUUCCAAAAUGCCGAGUCACAAGUUGAUAAGCUUAUUGGGAAACUUCCUGACUUUAGUGAUAAAUGUGAGAAGUUUUUGAGUGAAGCAAGUGAAAUCAAUGAAAACCGACGUUUGAAUAGUAUCACAUUGAAGAAGAAUGCACAACUUUUAGAGAUUCUAGAGUUGCCACAGUUGAUGGAACGAUGUAUUCGUGAAGGACGCUACGAAGAGGCUUUGGAAUUGGCAAGUUAUGUUCAGAAACUUGGACAAAACCAAGGGAAUAUUGCUGUGAUAAAUAGCAUUGUCGUGGCAGUUGAAUCAUUGUGGCACACAAUGCUAGCUCAGUUAGUUGCACAGUUGAAGACAGAUUUGCAACUUCCCAAGUGCCUUCAAAUUGUUGGGUACUUGAGGCGAAUGCAGGCAUUCGGGAACAAUGAAUUGAAGUUGAAAUUCCUCCAAGCGAGAGAUGCUUGGUUGACCAAUUCAUUGAAUUCUAUUCCAAGAGAUGAUGCUCAACAACAUCUCACGAAGACAAUCGAGGUUACCAGGAUCAACCUGUUCAACAUUAUAACCCAGUAUCGGGCUAUAUUCCCAGAUGAAGAUGCAAGUUCAAGCUUGAAGGCGAAUAGCUUGUCGAGUGAUGCUGGACGUUUGUUUCAAUCCUGGCUCCACCGGAAGAUUGCCAACUUCCUGGAGACCCUCGAGACAGAUUUACUAAAAGGAGUCAAUUCUUUGGACACAGUUCUUGGUCAAUGCAUGUAUUUUGGUCUCUCGUUUAGCCGAGUUGGAGCUGAUUUCCGUGCCCUAAUGGCACCGAUAUUUAUUCGUGUUAUCAAGCAAAACUUUUCCAAUUCCAUUCAAGGAGUUAAUCAGAACUUUGAACGUGACUUGGAACGAUAUACACUCAUCAACAAGGCUGCAUCUGGAAUUCAUAACCGACGAAUCGAAUUGGAUCAAAUGAAUCCUCCAGAAACUUUACUUGAUUUCCAUCCUUUGGCGGCCCUCUGCAAUGGAUAUUUGAAUGUUUUGAAUGAAUUACGUUUAUGUGCGCCAAUUGCUAUUGCCAAUGAUGUUACCAAAAAUAUGCAAUUGUCAUUAGAAUUUGUUGCUCGAAAGAUACUCUCGUUCUAUCGUCAGGAACAACAGGCUUUCUCUGGCAAUGAGCGGGAGUAUUUUGUUAAAUUUUGUUCAUGUUUUGCCUAUGAUUUGAUUCCGUACAUUCAGAGAUGUAUUCAUGUACUGUUUCCACAAGCAACGCUUACUGCAGCGUUGGGUAUAAAUUUGAUAACUUUGGAAAAUGAAGGAAUCACAUUUAUUCAGCAGAAGGUUAUUUUAGAACCAAUCAAACAUUUAUUGCCACAUAAAGUGGAUGUUAUGUUAUUGCAGGAGAAAUCGAAACAGAUUGAUGCUAGUGUGCCUAUUGCUCCUGCUUCAAUUUCACAAGAGGGUUAGGUUGAAUGUUUAUAUAAUUAUUAUUCAUAAAUAUUAAUAAAUAAAUGGUAUUAUAUCGAAAUUUAAUAAUAA